AUGGCCUACAUGCAGCCACCGAUUCGCUGCGUGCACCUUGCUAAAGAGAGAAGCUGGACUUGCCUCAGUUAUAAAAUAACCACUCCAGACGAUUCUUCUUGUCUGUACACAGUUGGAACGUCCAGGAGUCACCCAGAAGUUACCUUGACGCGACAUCUCCAGCCAGUCCCAUAUACCCGACAGACUUCUUCCCUAUCGAGGCUCUCUGGGCAGUUCUCCCUAUCCAACCUCUUGGGGCAAUCUCGUCACCACCACUACCACCAUCAACAGACGGCCCAGUUCAACAAUAACUACCUCGUCGGAACCGCGACCUUCCAUACCUUCUCGUCGAAAAUUGACAUUGGCCUCAGCACAAACCAUACCAUCAUCAUGAAGCGGCCAGAUCCGUUAUCCACCACGCGCAGGUUUGAGAGCCUGACACCGCUUGGUACGUUGGAAUGGAAGAGUGACGGCGGUCCCUUCGGGAGCCUUGUUUCCAGCAAUCUUAAACUGGUGGACGCGAGAGGGCGUACGGUUGCGCGAUACCAGAAGCGCUCAUCGUCGCUUUCCAGGGAGAAUGAUGUGAUCACGUUGCUUGUGCCGGAGCUGGACGGAUUUCUUGACAUUGUAGUUAUUACGUGCAUGGCCACGAUAGAGUAUAGACGGGUGGAGGACGAGGCGAUAGAAGAGGUUGCUGGUGGUGUGUGA